GGUGAUCCCACGGGGAUCUUCGUGUUCUGUCUGUCGGCCUUUACCGGGCAGAGGUUAAGCCGAGAGCCUGGAAAUGCGUCUGUGCUCGCCGAUGCGGAGUAGUUUCUUCUCUGAGUCGUGAAGAGCUCUCGCAGACGUUUUAAAGCUCUCGUCACACGCUUUACUCUUAAAGUCACAGUGUUUGACGCCCGCUGACUUCGUGCGGCUCUGUGAACAUCCUCGAAACUUCCGGGGGCCGAGUUCCUCGGGCCAGGACCUCUUUCAUGGGCAUCGGGCCCUGGCGGUUGCUGUCCUGACGCGGUGAUAGUAGGCUCGCUGUGUUUGCGCAGGGUUGGAGGAUUCGUCCGACAGGUGUUCAGGUCUGAGGAACUAGUUUGUCAGAAUCGUCUGUGACAAGACCACACUCCGCUUAAAAGCAGCGUCGGCUGAGCUGCGCACUUGCUUGCUUUCGGGAAAAGGCUUUAUAUACAUACACUGAUGUCCGGUCACACGGGAUGCUGGAUUUGGUCAAGGAUCGGGACUUAGUAAAAUUAGUCAUUUCACUAUGGGUGGAGGAUCCCUGGUCCGAAACUCUAAAAUCUGAAAUGCUCCAAACUCCCAAACUUUCUGAGUGCCAGCAUGAUGCCACGAGUGGAAAAAUCUCACACCUGAUCUCAGUGGAUUUUUCAAAACGAAAAUAAAAAAUAUUUCAAACGUAGUGAACUUGCAAAAAAAGAAGAGGAAGCAUAUUUUGAAAGAUGUGGCUAUAAGAUACAGCCAAAAGAGGAGGACCAGAAACCACUAACUUCAUCAAAUCCAGUAUUAGAACUUGAACUGGCAGAGGAAAAAUUACCCAUGACUCUUUCUAGGCAAGAGGUAAUCAGAAGAUUGAGAGAAAGAGGAGAGCCAAUUAGACUAUUUGGAGAAACUGAUUAUGAUGCUUUUCAACGAUUAAGAAAAAUAGAAAUCCUCACACCAGAAGUUAACAAGGGCUUGAGGAAUGAUCUGAAAGCGGCUUUGGAUAAGAUCGAUCAGCAGUACCUCAAUGAAAUUGUGGGUGGUCAGGAACCUGGAGAGGAGGACACACAGAAUGACUUGAAAGUCCAUGAGGAGAACACCACGAUUGAAGAGUUAGAGGCCCUGGGAGAGUCUUUAGGGAAGGGCAAUGAUCACAAGGACAUGGACAUCAUUACCAAAUUCCUGAAGUUUCUGCUUGGUGUUUGGGCUAAAGAAUUGAAUGCCAGGGAAGAUUAUGUGAAGCGCAGUGUGCAGGGUAAACUGAACAGUGCUACUCAGAAGCAGACUGAGUCCUACCUCAGACCACUUUUCAGAAAGCUCCGCAAAAGGAAUCUUCCUGCUGAUAUUAAAGAAUCAAUAACAGAUAUUAUUAAGUUCAUGUUGCAGAGAGAAUAUGUGAAGGCGAAUGACGCUUACCUUCAGAUGGCCAUUGGAAAUGCUCCCUGGCCUAUCGGAGUCACCAUGGUUGGCAUCCAUGCCAGAACUGGCAGGGAAAAGAUUUUUUCCAAGCACGUUGCACAUGUAUUAAAUGAUGAAACUCAGCGGAAAUAUAUUCAAGCCUCCAGCCAAUGGACGGUGCCCACCUGCUUUACUCAGUUUGCCGAUCCCAGUGUUGAUCUCACCCUCACGGACACACCCAGAAUAAUGUCCACCCAAGUACCUGAGCACCCCAUGUCCCUGUCAAAUUGGCUCAUAAAAACCAUCACAGCCGCCUUCUUCCAGGAUCCAUGUGAUAGGAGCAUGCCCUGGGUAAGCUGCAGUUGAAUUUUCAUUCUGUUUGCUUUACCUCCAUCCCUUAGUGACACACGCCACACUUCGUGGCCUUCAGACUCAGUGUGGAUUGGCAGGCAUGUGUCAGAAUCUGACUCUGCUGCAUUCUCCUGAGAUACACAUAAAUCCGACAGCAUUCGUUUGAAUGGUGCUGUGCAUUCUGGUACAGCAUGAUUUUAGUUAGAGAAAAGCCACAAAUCAAACUGAUGUCGAGGGAAGCUCAAGGACAGCUGAGUAUGAAGCAGACGCCGAAGGAGUUGUGGCCGGGUGUCAGGAUCCUCAGGCAUCCAGGCUUUGGAUAGAAGCAUCUAGCUCUUGUUCCUCAUGGACUUUCCAAAUGUCCAUUGAAGUGAGAAGUGACUUCCAGAGGAAUGAGCUCUUCUGAGUGCCCGGUAAGGAUGUGAACAAUGUUUGAGGAAAUACAUGGUUGUAAUUUGACCAUCUUGGGAAAGGUAACUUGAUGUGCUCUGCCUUUUGCUAUUACCACAGUUCCUUCUGAGGCUGGUUCAUGUUGCCCUGGCAGGGCCUCCAAGAUACAUAGGUUUUAGGGUCCAUUAUAUAGUUUUUAAGAAUUGAAAAUAUGUUUGUCCUCUCUGUGGUAGCAGGAGAUUCGGGAGGUCUCAGACUUAGUCUUUCAGUUCACCCUGAGGAACUGGAGGGACGCUGAGGAGCCGAGACUUGGGAGGGAAGUCUCGACUUCCUUCUCAUCAGCAGGUGUGCAGGUGGUGAAGCUGCUGUCUCUCAGCUCCAAGCACACCUCUGGACUGCAAACCACAAUUCUGCUCUUCUGGCUGCCAUCUGGGAGGUCGAACCAAGAGCGACACCUGAAAGGCCGGAAGCUGGAGGGGGAGAGGGGCCCAGCUGUUCCGCUUCUCCCUGUCCCGACCGCAGUGGCCCGGCAGCGUUCAGCUGCACAGGGACAGUGCGCUCCUGUUCACUCCUGAAGGAGGAGCUGCUUCCAGCUCGCAGGCUUCAUCCUGCCGACCAGCUCACCCUCCCGAGAGAUCUGUGUCCCAGCUCUGUGGGUCUCAGGCUCCCGCGGCACAAGCUGGGUGGCGUCCACUGCGGACAGGUUUGACCCCAUCUCCACAGGGCCCUCCUCCAAGCCCCUGAGCUCUUGGCUCUGUUUCCUAGCCCUGAGCAUAGACACUGCUUCCAUUUGUUGCCUCUUUCCUGAGGGCCCCAUGUUGCCUGCUCACCUCUGCUACCUGGUUAACACUUUACAUGAAAUCACGUCUGUGAAAGUACUUGGUUUGAUCCUGGUUUCCUGGUGUCACAGGCCUGAAGGACCCGUAGGACCCAGGGACACCAAGCCCAGGCUUGCACGGGCCAGCCCCUCUUGCACGCACACGAAGCGUGGAUGGACUGUCCCUAGGCUGACUCACCCCGCCACCCCUUGGCACAGCUGGGCCUGGGGAAGCUUGUUGUGAAGCCCUGCCCUCAGCCCUCCUUGAGUCCCAGCCUGCCUUUUCCUGUCUCGAGUCCUUCCGCUCGCCUCCGGAUCCGUCCUCGCCGCGCCAGUCCCUCUCACCUGCACCUCCUGCUCUGCUACACGCGGUCCUCCUGCUGCCCUCCAUGGCAAAACCCACAUGGGUCUUGCAAACACGGUCUCUGCUAUGCCUGGCUAGUGUCGCCUGGGCAGUCACCUCUGCGUGUCCCGUCAGAGGGACCCUCGCUGCUGUGGCCCUAAUGCCUGUGACCGCUCUGUGCCGGCUCAACCAGCCUCUCCCUCCCCUCUCGCUUGGAGGUAGCCUGGCUGACGCGCAUCCGGCUGGACGUGGAGGGAGAUCGAGCACCACGUCUACCCCACGUUUGUCAGCAUCCUGCCGACCUGCCGGGACGGUAGCAGAAGCGGAGUUCCUCCUGCCACAGGCUAAAUCUCCCACUGACCCUGCUUUUUUUUAGUCCCUUCCUAAUGUGUUAUGCAACUUUGUUUUCUCUCUCCUUUUACCCCUGUGUAAUGUAAGGCAGGGAAUUCAUACCCGUUUUGUCUGCUGCAGAUGUGAGUCCAAGAUCUUUGGCCUGAGCGCUGGGAGGCCAGAGCUGCCUGGAACUAAGCUGAGGAAAGCUCUGAAUGGAGCAGGCCAGGAGCUCACUUCUGGAUGUCAGACACAUUAGACGUCCGCUGGGGAUGUUCCAGGCUGAGAGGAGGUGUCGGCAGCAUAUGGAUGGCUAGGAAAUGGGCGGUCCCAGGAUGGAGGCUUAGGACACUCCGAAUUCAGGGAGAAGAGGAAAACUAUCGAGACUGAAAGCAGAGCCCUGAACCGUGGUAGGAAGAGAGCCAGGAGGAGAGGUUUCAGUGAAGCUGGGGGCGCCAGCCGAAUCCCACAUUGCUGGUAAAACACGAAAUGGCCGGGAAUUCGCCACUGGAUUUGACACUGCAAGAACCAACCUUGACAGGAAUGGGUGUGGUCCGGUGGGGAAGGUGUGGUUGGAAUAGGUUUGAGAGGCAGUGGGUGAGUGAGGGAGAAAUAAACGAGACAGAUGGGCUUCUGCUAGAGAGAGACUCGGGCGCGGGGAUCGCCUGGGAGCUGUCGGCUACUCUCCAGUCACUCUCCCUCCGGCGUUCUGCAGCCAGGCCCUUCGCCCGCCUCAGCCUCUGCCUCUGCCCGAGGCUCCGCACGUUCAUCUCAUCCGAGACGAGGCGACUCUCUCCUCCCCGUGACCGUGACGGUCAGUGACCUUUCAUGGGUCACCUCAGUGCAGGCCCAGCUGUCCCGCCCCGAGCACAUCAACUUCCGAGGCUGGGACGUGAGGUGGCACUGAUGGGGCAGCGGCCCCUGCCUCCUGCCUGGUCCGCCUCGGGGGCUCCCACACACUGCUGGCUUUGGGGUUUACAGGGAGCUUCCUGAGCCGGGCGAAAGGCAAGGGCUGGCUGUCUCUAAUACUCUCUUCCGGAACUGGCUGUCUACUCUUCUCAGAUCAAAGCGGGGACGGGGGGCAUCUUGCACUGUGCGGAGAGGGAGGCGGGUCAGAGGGAGGGGUGUGUGCAGGCCAGCAGGUGGGGAGGAGGAGGAGGACAGCCAUGCUGCCUCCUGGUACCCCGCUCUCCUGCGACAGGUAACCAGAGAGGAGAGCACAGACUCACCUGAGCGGUGCCACAUUACACGUGAAAGACAUGCACACACUUCACCUCUUGGCGUAGAUUAUUUUGAGAUGUAGGGGGAAAGCGGGCUCCAGGCUCUCCCCAGGCCACCGUCAGGGCUGAGGUGCUCAGCAGACUGGGUCC